UAUAAGUUUUCGAAAGUUCACUAAUCGUCGCAACGAUUUGAGAAAGUAACUACUCCAUUUGAGUCAACUGUCACAAAUUUUAAGAAAAGAAUACAUUUUAUGACUUUUCUCAGCGGGAACAAAGUGUCUUUUUUAUUUGCUUAUCCGUUACAUUUACAAAAAGUGAUUCAACCAAAAGAGGAUGACUGUAAGCCACCAAAAUCAAGCUUCGUACACUUCAAACCAAAGUUGCACAAUUAUCUGAUCGAAAUUGAUAUUAAAUUGUUGCUUAUCUGUGAAUUGAUUAGAUAACCAGCUCUAUUCGUAGCUCUGAUUGAAAGAGCCUAACCUUAAUCAUUUCGUAACCGAAAGAUGGCAUCAUGGAGCUUUGUAGUUGGAAUCCAUGAAUUGCUUAAUAAUGAGUCGAUUCUGUGUGGAAAACAGUAACUUUUAUAUAAGAGAUUUUUCAAGUUAAUAUAAAGUUUAUCACAUUACUUGACGAAACUCUUAGUGAAUCUGUAAAGUUUUGUUCCCUCAAAGCAACACUAUCGGAUAUUGUCCAAAACAAAUAAAUCAUAAUUCAUGUUUCAUUCAGUUGAAAAUGUUUGUUUCAUAGGUGAUUAAAAAAUCUGAUCACAAUUAAAGGAUAACUUGUUUGUGUAAAGUUUUCGAUUGUGGAUAAAAAAUCGUUUGGGUUAACUUUUAAUUGUAUUAUGUGAAUAUCAACUUGAAUCCUUAAAUUUGUUUUGUCGAAAUCGCAAUUAACCUAAUACAUCCAUUGACUUUCAUCAUCAGGAUCAAUUAUGAAGUUUAACUGGUAUAUCAUAAGAAUUGGUUUAAUGAUAAUAGUUUAUCUAAUCACCAAUUCAUCAGGUCUUCGAAUUACUAAAUUGGAAGUACCACAAUCAGUUCCUCUUGGAAAAUCAGUUACCCUUAGGUGUCAUUAUGAUCUAACAGGAGAUGAACUUUACUCAGUAAAAUGGUACAGAGAUUAUGUUGAAUUUUAUAGAUAUCUUCCGUCCGAUGAACAGAAAUCAGGUCAGACAUUCACCCUGAAAGGAGUCCAUGUAGAUUUAACACGUUCAUCAGCUAAACACGUUUUCUUAACCAAGACUGAGCUCACAUCGGAGGGACACUAUGCAUGUGAGGUGUCCACUGAAGGUCCAUCUUUCAGUACCGUUCGAGCCGAAAGACAAAUGAAAGUUUAUGUAUUACCUAAAGAAGGAUUAUCCAUUGAAGGUACUGAGCCAGUUUAUGGUAUGGAAAAUUUUAUCAAUCUUACCUGUAUAGCAAAUCCAUCUUAUCCAUCCCAGAUUUUAUCUUGGUAUAUAAAUGAACAAAAGGCCUUACCCCAUCAAUUGAUUCAUUAUGAACCUGAAAGAGACUCUACUGGUCUUGACGCUACUCGACUCGGACUUUACUUUGAGGCGGUCAGUAGUUAUUUUCUUCGAGGUUCACUUAAGCUGAGAUGCACUUCAACGAUAAUAUUGGUGUAUAGAUACGAGUCUUCGAUAACUUUAAGUGGUGGAACUCCAAAGAAUCGAACUUUCAAUGGACAUUAUACUUGGAAUGAAGAUCGCUUAUAUCAGCGUGAGCCUGAAAGUCCGAUUAUUGAAGGUGGUAAAGAUAAAUACAAAGUGGGUUCAUUAAUGGAUCUAAAUUGUACCACUCAAUCAGAGUCUCACCUUGAAUGGUUCAUUAAAAAUAAACCG